GUGCAGGCAUAGUCGACUGUAGUAGUACCACUUUCCACAGGAUUCAGCAACGCCGCACACCUUGGCUGCCCCAGAAUACGAAGUGCAUGGGGCUAACAAGUCCCGCACCACUUUCUACACUCUACUAUGCGAGACACUUUAUCGUGGCUGGUGCCAGAGUGCAAUGUUCCCGUCAGACCAUUGCGGCUAGCUUUAGACGAGAGAUCUCGAUACAAACCAUAAAAUCAGCCCUAGGUUCAGGCCGCCUCUCAGGCCCGCCUCGAAAAACACAUACCAUUACUGAUACUGGUACCUACGCAGCAGAUUGACUCGACUGCUGGCUGCACAAUACCCAGAGCGAACGUGAGAUGGCGAUAAUCGAGUUGGCCCACAUCAGCUUGAAGAACGGCCAGAAAGCAACUGACUCUCAACUCACGACGAAUCUCAAGGAAGUUAAGCGCGUCAUAGAAGAGUACAGCAAGCUGCAGACGCUUUUCUACGAGCAGAUCGAUGACCCAUCGGUCCUAUUCGUCGUCGGCGGCUGGGAGAGCAAGGAAAGGCACCAGGACGGAUUCACCGGGUCGCCAGAGCAGAACAAGAUUCUAAGUCUAGUCGAGAAUCAAAUGGAUGUUGACUGGAUGCACUACGUAGACGUGGUGCAGGAGCAUCUCCCACUUGUUGCGCCGGUGCUGGUCAUUGUGAAAGCUGUCGUGGGACGGGACAAGCAUAAGUUGAUGUUCGAUCAGUCUUUCGCGGCGGGGACGUCCUCGUUGGGUGGAGCGAGGUAUGGGGCCCUGGCUGCGUGGAACAUCGCGAAAGACGACAAGGAGGAUGUCGUCCGAGUGCACUUUUCAGGCUGGGAUAGUGCAGUGGAGGCGACCGAGGGAAUCGCGAAUACUAUUGAACAUACGAAACGAGGAAGGGCGACGCCCGAGGAGUUGACCUUCUUCUUCACGAAAAGAGUGGAGCUGGAUUGAGUGGUCGACCAUCUGCAGUGAUACUGUCGACGAGAACGCUGUGACAGGGAUUGAUGAGGACAGACUUCGUAUUCAGCUGACCGUGAUAAAAGCCUUGGAUGUGAGUGAUUCGAUGCCUGGCAGUUUGUGGCUGGCAACCUGAAAAUUUCAAUCCGUACUUGGUCACCGUUCUAGAUUCCUGACCAUGCGAUGCC